AUGUAUUCUAUCAAAGCUUUCCAGGCCGUAGCGGGCUUUGCUUCACUCCUUCUUGAGCUGAUCAAUGCCUCGCCGAUGGCCCAGAUGGUGGACCAACGUCAGAGCUCGACAUUUACCAAUCCAAUUCGAUGGGAGGACAUGCCAGAUGCUGACGUUUUCCGCAUCGGCGACGUUUUCUACUACUCAAGUUCUACCUUCGCUUAUUCACCCGGUGCGCCACUUUACAAAUCUUAUGAUCUUGCCAACUGGACUCCAGUCACCCACAGCGUGCCAACGCUUGACUUUGGGGACAAAUAUAACCUUGGCACUUCAAACCGCGCUUACGUACAGGGUAUCUGGGCCAGCACGGUGCGCUACCGCGAGUCUACUGAUACUUUCUACUGGAUUGGAUGCAUCGAGUUUUCCAAAACCUACAUCUACACUUCUUCUGGAAGCGGUGCAGGGGCUAAUAAUGGCGAAGCUGCUUCUUGGAAUUGGCAGAAAGCCGGCGUCAUCGACAGGUGUUAUUACGACUGCGGGCUCCUGAUCGAUGAUGACGAUUCCAUGUACGUUGCUUACGGCAACACCAACAUCUCAGUCGCACAAUUAUCAAGCGACGGCUUGAGCGAAGUCAGCACUCAGGAAGUCUUGUCAGGUGGAGACGUCUAUAUCGAGGGCAGUCACAUGUACAAGAUCAACGGCUAUUACUGGAUCAUUCCCACCAAGGUCGCAAGCGGGGAAUGGGCAUACCGUGCUACAAGCCCUUGGGGUCCAUACGAGCAACAUGUAUUCUUUGACAACCUCCCCGCUCCGCUUUCUCAAGCUGGAUGGCCGCAUCAGGGAGGCAUCGUGGAUACUCAGGCUGGGAACUGGUACUAUGUCGCAUUCAUAGACGCUUUUCCCGGAGGUCGUAUCCCUGUUAUGGCUCCGGUCGGCUGGGACUCGGAGGGGUGGCCAUACAUUGUGACAAACAGCUCAGGUGGCUGGGCGACAGAAUAUGAUAUGCCGGUCUCGACUAGCCGGGAAGUUGAGCCACCGGGUGGAUUGGACACAUUCACAACGCUGAGUGACGAAUGGGAAUGGAACCACAACCCCGACACAUCUAGUUGGAAUCUGGUCGAGGGAGGCGGGAUAACUCUCAAAACCGCAACCGUCACAGAUGACCUCUACUCCGCGCGCAACACGCUCACGCACCGGUCGCUUGGCCCAAAGUCAGAAGCAAUAUUUGAGCUCGACGUUAGCCAGAUGGCCGAUGGUGACCGUGCUGGCGCAGCUUUAUUUCGGGAUCGCUCUGCCUACAUUGGAAUUCACAAAAGCGGAGACGCAGCCACCCUGGUUUACGUCAACGGCAUGGACUUGAUUGACGGGAACUGGGCCACCGCGUCUAACGGUACCAUCGCAGCAACGGGUCCUACAAUCACAGAUUCCGUUAUCUAUCUGAAGAUCACAGCAGAUGUCACCCCUGCACUGGAUGCUGACCCUGUGCGCCCGGCUAUUUUCAGCUAUAGUACAGAUGGGACAACUUGGACACAGUUGGGCGAUCCUUAUCUCUUGGUCAAUACUUGGUCGUACUUCAUUGGCUAUCGCUACGCAGCCUUCAACUUCGCUACAAAGUCUUUGGGUGGCUCAGUGACGCUGAAGAGCUUCUCGAUGGAACUCGUCGACUGA